AUGGCUCAUGAAUCCUGCCUAUCCUAUCUAAUGGCAGCCCCGGACGACGCCAACGACAGCAGCGCACUAGGCGAAUGGGACGCGGCCGGAAAUGGGUCGGCCACUUCUGCUUCCGGCGUGUGGGCGUCCUCGGAAGCUGACGAGGAUAUCUUUCAAAGGAUGGACGUCCGCGUCAGCCUCAUUUUCGCCUACUCCAUCGUAUUUUGUUGCUGCUUCUUCGGCAACCUGCUGGUCGUACUGGUGGUCGUGGUACACCGGCGGAUGCGCACCAUCACCAACUUCUUCCUCACAAACCUGGCCGUGGCCGAUUUGUGCGUGGGUCUCUUCUGCGUCUACCAGAACAUGUCAGUCUACCUGAUGGGAGAGUGGCCCUUCGGCGACUUCCUCUGCCGGAUGUACUUCUUCGUGCAGGCCCUGAGCUACACGGCGUCCGUGGGCAUCCUGACGGUGAUCUGCGUCGAGCGAUACAUCGCCAUCGUCCACCCCAUGUGGAGCAAGCACGUGAUCACGCUGCGCCGCCUGCGCAUCGUCGUGCUGUCGGUGUGGCUCGUCAGCGCCGGCUUCUGCAGCCCGCGUCUGGUGAUGUGCGGCACCGCAGAGGUGCCCUCGCACGACGAGCCGGACCGCACCAUCCACAUCUGCAUCAUGCGCCGCUUCCUGUACGACUCGCGCACCUACGACGUGCUCAACUUCGUGGUGUGCUUCUUCGUGCCUUUGGCCAUCAUGAGCGUCAUGUACUCCAUCAUCGGCCUGCAGCUGUGGAGAAGCAGCGUCCCCACGGGAUACUCCUGCAGUGGCCCGCGAAGGGGCACGUUAGAGUUGCAACCACUGGAGAGGACUAACUCAAGCGCCACGAUGGCGUGUCGGGAGAACCUGCUCCAGAACAACGCAGUCUGCAACAGCCAGCGAGGAGUGGCUAAGAAGUCCCGGCACACGGUACACAAGAAGCACUGCUUCCCCGUCGGCGCCACCACUCAAGUGCACCAGCACUAUCAGCAGCAAGCUGCCGCCACGGUGCUGCGAGCCCGACGCAAAGUCAUACGCCUCCUGGUGGCCGUGGUGCUUGGUUUCGCCGUGUGCAACCUGCCUUUCCACGCGCGCAAGUUCUACCAGUAUUGGUCGUCCGGCUACGAGGGGGCGUCGCGAUCGGCAGUGAGCCUCACGAUCGCCACGACGCUGGUGCUGUACAUGAACUCGUUCAUCAACCCGAUACUGUACGCCUUCCUGUCGGACAACUUCCGGCGCAGCAUGAAGGACGUGCUGAUGUGUCGCUCCAGGCGAAGGGUGCGUCGCCUGUCGUCGAACCGUUCCAACGGCAAGACCACCGCGUCGUCCGUCUUCCAGCACCAGGAGAACACGGCGUUGCACACCAAUGGCUUCGUCUGA